AACAACUUCGACUGUUGUCGCCAGAGGCGCGGAUGUGGCUACAGAUGUCGCAGUAACUUACAAGUCCAGCCCAAGCAAGCGCUGUCCAGACUUCGUCGUGCGCGAUGGUGUCCAGGGUGUAUAUGGGGAUAGUUUACCUCUCAGUCUCCUUCGUUUUAACCAAAGGUCAUGCCACCACAGAGCACUCAACCCGCGUCGUCCCGGUGGUUCGACGGCGAGCUCGAGUGUCUCUCACAUCAACAUCGGCGACAUUACUCGAUAGUGCCAAAGCCGAACCCAGCAGCGACGCUGGUGUGGCCUCACAGAACUCGUCGACCACGUCGCCUCCAGGUAUCCUCGUCCGGAACGCGCCCUACUUCGUCCUAACCGAUCCCCUGCAGACGCGCCACCAAUUCCACCUCCUUCCUCCACCCUCACGUCGGAAAUGAAAGCAUCCGCGCUCACCGGAGUGAUUCUCGGCAGUGUCGCAGCAGUGUUGAUUGUCCUGGCCAUAGUGUUGAUAUGUCGACGCCGCCAAGCCCAAGCCAGGGCCAAGAUCAUGUUCAGAGGGGGUCCGUCCACAGCGUCCACUGAAUCGGACGACCCGACCAAACCACGCCGCCGCGCCGAUCCAUUUUCUUCCGUGUACGCGACCGACUUCGCCUCGUCCGAGUACCGCGACAGCCUGUCGCCGGACCACAACUUCGACGGCAUCGUCCUCUCCGACCCGUUUCGGCGGAAGGACCGCGUCAAGCCGGAACUGGACCGCCCCAUGCCGUUCUUCUCAUACUACCACCAAGCGUCCACCCAGCGGCGGUCGUCGCUCGAGUCGCAGGACUCGUCCAUCAUCUCGUACACAGAGAGCGACAAAGUUCGGGGCACGACCACGUCAUCCACCGCCGACGAAACCCCCCGACAGCUACCGCACACGCCUAUGAUGGCAUACCAGCCCAACCACAGAGACGACAGCAUGUCGAGCAGCGUCACCGCCAGCCGCGAGAUGUGGCGGAUAUCUGGCCACUCGGCCAGCUUGUCGUCCGCCGGGUUCGACCUCCUUCAGAGUCCGUCGAUGGGGAGCGCGGGAGUGUUCUCGCUGCCAGAGAAGAUGACCAUGCUCGACGACAGCGUGUCCCAGACGUCUUCCCGCGAAUCGUAUGACAUUUAAGCGUCACCAUCCUCUUCCAUGUAUCGAUCGUCCACCCAAAGUGCAAACUAGACGUCGUAGAAAGUAAUAAUGUUAUUGUCAAGUGUCAAUGGAUGCUGCUUUGGUCGUGCGGCAGCAGCUGAUGCGCCGAGGUCGAUUUCGCUGCCAACUCGUGCAGCUACAUACAAGGUGUUGGUUUACUGACCUGCGAUAACGACACCAUGG